AUGGAGGAACCUGAGAGAAAGUCGAUGCUGCAUUUCGUCGAGAGCAACAGAGCCUCGGAUAUCUGCAGACUGAUUUAUUGCGCUAAAACGAACGAAUCGAGUGACCAUGUAUUAAAAGCGUUCAGUCUCGCCGCCAAGGAAUAUUCCUCCGAAGCAGUGACCGGAUUGCUGUUAGUAUAUCCCCAAUACCUCGUGCACUUGAUCGAAGCACCGGAAGAAGAGAUUUUCCAACUGUGUAGAUACUUGUUCGUCAAAUGUUCGCCCUUUACGGGCCGCACGAAAUGCUUUCCUGCUCAAGUUGAAGCGGGUGGUAGAUUUUUCAAUAAAUGGUACGGGAGAAAGGCUUCGGAAUAUAAUUUUACUCAAGAGAAGCAGCCUCCAAACGACAACCUCGAAGACAAUUUCGAAAUCGCUUCUACAACGUACAAAAGGACGCUACUUAAUUUGUACCAGUUUUAUCGCGAGCUCAGACUACUGAGCGACAAGAAUCACAAACUGAUGGUGGAGCGAUUGGAAUCCCUUAACGAAGACGGUCAUCGACUACUUGCAUGCAGUGCAACGAUGGAAUUUAUCUUGAAUAGUCGUUGGGGUCAGAGUGUGCAGGAAUUGACUGACCAUUUUUUGAAUCCGGUGUCUGUCGAUCCUAACACAGCUUGGCCAAUUCCAAAGAUAACUUUACCACGAGUUGAUUUUCAGAAAAUUGAUGGAAUGAAAGACGAGUUGAAAAGGAGCAGUACUUCAUAAUGUCUAAUGUGAGUAAUAGCAAAAAAAAAGUGUAUCAUGUUGAUUG